AUGCACAAUUACCGUGCCAAGCUAAAAUCUCGAAAAUAUGCUUUCCCGGAAAUCAAAGUCAACACGUUGAGGAGGAAGCAUCCAGCUGAUGCAGUCCCAUCAAAAAACGUAAAAAAACCCAAAAAAGCAGAAGUUAAUUACCUCCCCCCACACCCUACUGGCGAAAGCCAAGACACACUGGAGCAGGAGAGGCUUGAAUUACUUGAUGAAGUGAAGAAGAAAAACAAUGCAAAGAUAAUCACAGAUAAAAUGAGUAAAACCUUCUCAAGCCGAAGAGUCGAAGUGGUGACCCUCAGCCCCUCUGUGAAUGUGUUUAAAGAAAGAUGGCCAGCAUUAUUCAGCGAGGCUCAGAUCAAGGAAGAGUUCUGUCGUAUAACGACAAUUUCCUUAGAAGAAAAUUUCAUGAUGAAGCUUGAUGGGUACACCCCGGGUCUCUUGAGGCUUAUACGUGCUAAAGGAGGAGCUGCUGGUUCCAAGAUACGCCCUCUGCUGGACUCUCUAAAUGAUGCACAGAGCAUUGAGAAAAAAAGGGAUACAGUUGUCUGCUGCCUCAUUGGCUACCUCGGUGAAAGACAAGAAGAUCUUUUCCAUGACUGCCAGGAAUGUGAGGACCACACAGACAACACAAUGAAGGUGAUUGUGAAGCACAACAUCACGGCUGAGGAGGAUCCAUCAGAUGUGUCUAUUGUGAUUGAAGGAAACACUGUGAUGGAAGGAUGUGGAAGUCGAACAAAAGCAUGUGUUCUGCUGAUGGGACUGAUAUAUGCACUCAACCUGGAAUACCCAAAGCAGCUGAAAAACACGUUUGAAACUUUUCAGAAACUUUUUUUGGAGCUUGACGGUGCAAAACUACUGAAGAAGGUCCACAGCCUCAAAAGUAAGCUCAUGCAAUAG